AUGGAGUUGGACAACUAUGAACAGCCCGUGGUUCUGAGAGAGGACAACCGCCGCCGGCGCCGGAGGAUGAAGCCGCGCAGCACCACGGCCAGCCUGUCCUCCAUGGAGCUCAUCCCCAUCGAGUUCGUGCUGCCCACCAGCCAGCGCAACAGCAAGACCCCCGAGACGGCGCUGCUGCACGUGGCCGGCCACGGCAACGUGGAGCAGAUGAAGGCCCAGGUGUGGCUGCGCGCGCUGGAGACUAGCGUGGCGACCGACUUCUACCGCCGGCUCGGCCCGGACCACUUCCUCCUGCUCUACCAGAAGAAGGGCCAGUGGUACGAGAUCUACGACAAGUACCAGGUGGUGCAGACCCUGGACUGCCUGCGCUACUGGCAGGUGCUGCACAGGAGCCCGGGCCAGAUCCACUUGGUGCAGCGGCGCGCGCCCUCGGACGAGACGCUGGCCUUCCAGCGGCAGCUCACCGCCCUGAUCGGCUACGACGUCACCGACGUCAGCAACGUGCACGAUAACGAGCUCGAGUUCACGCGCCGCCGCCUGGUCACCCCGCGCAUGGUCGAGGUGGCCGGCCGCGACCCUAAGCUCUACGCCAUGCACCCGUGGGUGACAUCGAAGCCCCUCCCAGAGUAUCUGUUGAAGAAGAUCACCAACAACUGCAUCUUCAUCGUCAUUCACCGCAGCACCACCAGCCAGACCAUCAAGGUCUCGGCCGAUGACACCCCAGGCGCCAUCCUCCAGAGCUUCUUCACCAAGAUGGCCAAGAAGAAGUCUCUGAUGGAUAUCCCCGAAAGCCAGAGCGAACAGGAUUUUGUGCUGCGCGUCUGCGGCCGGGAUGAGUACCUAGUGGGUGAAACGCCCAUCAAAAACUUUCAGUGGGUGAGGCAAUGCCUCAAGAAUGGAGAAGAGAUUCACCUGGUGCUUGACACGCCUCCAGACCCAGCCCUGGACGAGGUGAGGAAAGAAGAGUGGCCACUGGUGGAUGACUGCACGGGAGUCACUGGCUACCAUGAGCAGCUGACCAUCCACGGGAAGGACCACGAGAGUGUGUUCACCGUGUCCCUGUGGGACUGCGACCGGAAGUUCAGGGUCAAAAUCAGAGGCAUUGAUAUCCCCGUCCUGCCCCGGAAUGCUGACCUCACGGUUUUUGUGGAGGCAAACAUCCAGCAUGGGCAGCAAGUCCUUUGCCAAAGGAGAACCAGCCCCAAACCCUUCACAGAGGAGGUGCUCUGGAAUGUGUGGCUCGAGUUCAGUAUCAAAAUAAAAGACUUACCCAGAGGGGCUCUACUCAACCUCCAGAUCUACUGCAGCAAAGCUCCAGUGCUGGCUGGCAAGACCUCUGCAGAGACUCCCAGUUCUGAGUCUAAAGGCAAAACUCAGCUCCUCUAUUACGUGAACUUGCUGCUGAUAGACCACCGAUUCCUCCUGCGCCACGGGGAGUAUGUGCUCCACAUGUGGCAGAUAUCUGGGAAGGGAGAAGACCAAGGGAGCUUCAAUGCUGACAAGCUCACGUCUGCGACAAACCCAGACAAGGAGAACUCAAUGUCCAUCUCCAUUCUUCUGGACAAUUACUGUCACCCAAUAGCCUUGCCUAAGCAUCGCCCCACCCCUGACCCCGAAGGGGACCGGGUUCGAGCAGAAAUGCCCAACCAGCUUCGGAAGCAACUGGAAGCAAUCAUAGCCACUGAUCCACUUAACCCUCUCACAGCAGAGGACAAAGAAUUGCUCUGGCAUUUUAGAUAUGAAAGCCUUAAGCAUCCAAAGGCAUAUCCUAAGCUGUUUAGCUCCGUAAAAUGGGGACAGCAAGAAAUUGUAGCCAAAACGUACCAAUUGUUAGCCAGACGGGAGGUCUGGGAUCAAAGUGCUUUGGAUGUGGGGUUAACAAUGCAACUCCUGGACUGCAAUUUUUCGGAUGAAAAUGUAAGAGCCAUUGCAGUGCAGAAACUGGAGAGCUUGGAGGACGAUGAUGUUCUGCAUUACCUCCUACAGCUGGUCCAGGCUGUGAAAUUUGAACCCUAUCAUGACAGCGCCCUCGCCAGAUUUCUGCUGAAGCGUGGCUUACGAAACAAAAGAAUUGGUCACUUCUUGUUUUGGUUUUUGAGAAGCGAGAUAGCACAGUCCAGACACUACCAGCAGAGGUUUGCAGUCAUCCUAGAAGCCUACCUGAGGGGCUGUGGCACAGCCAUGCUGCAUGACUUCACCGACCAAGUGCAAGUGAUCGAGAUGCUACAGAAGGUCACCCUUGAUAUUAAAUCGCUCUCUGCUGAAAAGUAUGAUGUCAGUUCCCAAGUUAUUUCACAACUUAAGCAAAAACUUGAAAACCUGCAGAAUUCGAAUCUCCCAAAAAGCUUUAGAGUCCCAUAUGAUCCUGGACUGAAGGCCGGAGCACUAGUGAUUGAAAAAUGUAAAGUGAUGGCCUCCAAGAAAAAGCCCCUAUGGCUUGAGUUUAAAUGUGCUGACCCUACAGCCCUAUCGAAUGAAACGAUUGGCAUUAUCUUUAAACAUGGUGAUGAUCUGCGCCAAGACAUGCUGAUUUUACAGAUUCUACGAAUCAUGGAAUCCAUUUGGGAGACUGAAUCUCUGGAUCUGUGCCUCCUGCCAUAUGGUUGCAUUUCAACUGGUGACAAAAUAGGAAUGAUCGAGAUCGUGAAAGAGGCCACGACAAUUGCCAAAAUUCAGCAAAGCACCGUGGGCAACACGGGCGCGUUUAAAGAUGAAGUCCUGAAUCACUGGCUCAAAGAGAAAUGCCCUAUUGAAGAAAAGUUUCAGGCAGCAGUGGAGAGAUUUGUUUAUUCCUGUGCUGGCUACUGUGUGGCUACCUUUGUUCUUGGAAUAGGCGACAGGCACAACGACAAUAUUAUGAUCACAGAGACAGGAAAUCUAUUUCAUAUUGACUUUGGACACAUUCUUGGGAAUUACAAAAGUUUUCUGGGCAUCAAUAAAGAGAGAGUGCCGUUUGUACUAACCCCAGACUUCCUGUUUGUGAUGGGAACUUCUGGAAAGAAGACAAGCCUGCACUUCCAGAAAUUUCAGGACGUCUGCGUUAAGGCUUACCUCGCCCUUCGUCAUCACACAAACCUGCUGAUCAUCCUCUUCUCCAUGAUGCUGAUGACGGGAAUGCCCCAGUUAACAAGCAAAGAAGAUAUUGAAUAUAUUCGGGAUGCCCUAACAGUGGGGAAAAGUGAGGAGGAUGCUAAGAAGUAUUUUCUUGAUCAGAUCGAAGUGUGUAGAGACAAAGGAUGGACCGUGCAGUUUAACUGGUUCCUGCAUCUUGUUCUGGGCAUCAAACAAGGGGAGAAACAUUCAGCCUAAUUCUUUGGGCUAGAAUUAAAAACAAGUUAGUGUUCUAAAGCUUUAAGUCAGCAUGUCCAUCAUUGAACUUGGACUGAUGGACAGGACAUUAUGAAAGCUGGCACUUCAGAAAUGCAGCUCUGUUGCUGGCUGAACCCUUUACUGGAGAAAAAUACUGGCAUGUCGGUUUGUUUAAAUAAUGUUCAGUUUUAGGCUUGUAUGCAGGUUUGUUUUUCCUCAUUUGCUUCAGUGAUGUUGGAGAACA